AUGCCUCAGGCCCGCAGCCUUCGUACGAGAAGCACGAUGAAUGAAAACGAUGAGAACGGUCCGUCAGCACGUGUGACACGGGCCAAAGCAGCCGCCCUCAGCACCGAUGCCUCUGCCGCUGGAGCUAAGAAAGGCCUGCAGACUAAGCGAGCCACAUCCACCACCACUAAUGGAUCGCAACGUCCUCGUGCUGCACUCGGUGAUGUCAGUAACGUCAACAAGACCGACGGUGCUGAGAUCAAAGGUGGGAAGAAGCCGGUCGCUGCCAAGGUUGGUUUGACUUCAAAGGCAACUGUCCAGACUGGAGGUGUUCAGAAACUCAGCCGCAACAACUCGUCACGAACCGCAUCACGAUCUGCCCUCCAACCCCGCGACUCGAACAAGAAACCUGGUCCCAACGCCCAUAAACGUCCGUCGCUUAAGGAUACAGCCAUCUCGGAAGAGCCUCCCCGCAAGAAGACCGAGCUUGAGCGAAAGAAGCCCGAGGCCGAACGGAAGAAGCCUGAGCUCGAGCGAAAGGCCCGAAUUAUCGAGAAGAUCGUGGAAGAAGAGGAAGUGAAGGAGGUGGAGAUUAGCGUGAAGGAUGCUCUGAACGAGGCCGUGCAAGAUCUGGACACCGAGGACUUGGAUGACCCAUUAAUGGCCGCUGAAUACGUGGUUGAAAUCUUCGAGUAUCUCAGGGACCUUGAGAUCAUUACUCUGCCCAACCCUGAUUACAUCGACCACCAGCCCGACCUUGAAUGGAAGAUGCGUGGGAUCCUUGUCGACUGGCUUAUCGAAGUGCACACCCGUUUCCGUCUGCUCCCCGAGACCCUGUUCCUCGCCGUCAACAUCAUCGAUCGCUUCCUGUCGGCCGAAGUUGUCGCCCUUGAUCGUCUUCAGCUCGUUGGUGUCACCGCCAUGUUCAUUGCUUCUAAAUAUGAGGAGGUGCUUUCCCCUCACGUCGCCAACUUCAGCCAUGUCGCCGAUGAGACCUUCUCGGAUAAGGAAAUCCUCGAUGCCGAACGUCACGUCCUCGCAACCCUCGAGUACAACAUGAGCUUCCCCAACCCCAUGAACUUCCUGCGACGCAUCUCCAAGGCCGAUAACUAUGAUAUCCAAACCCGCACUCUGGGCAAAUACUUGAUGGAGAUCAGUCUCCUCGAUCACCGUUUCAUGUGCUACCCGCAGAGUCACAUCUCUGCCGCAGCCAUGUACCUUGCACGUCUCAUCCUCGAGCGUGGACCUUGGGAUGCCACUCUCGCUCACUAUGCUGGAUACACCGAAGAGGAGAUCGAUCCCGUCUUCCAAUUGAUGGUUGAUUAUCUCCACCGUCCCGUCUCCCACGAAGCCUUCUUCAAGAAAUACGCCAGCAAAAAGUUCCUCAAGGCUUCUAUCUUGACCCGCCAAUGGGCUAAGAAGUAUCACCACCUAUACGUUGACGUCUCCGACCAUGUCACUUACAAGGUGGAACAGUAA